UUGCAGGGUGGACUGCACAGCCCGUGUCCAUAAACAACAAACUUCGUCGAGGAUGGACCGACAACCAGACCUUCUCAAACGAGCAAUCCGGCCGAUGCGACGGAGUGUCCUCCGUCCGACGGUGAUUCUUGUCUCCGAUUGAUUGCGCGAAUACGUCGUCCGAGCGUCAUGCAAGGCAACCCUGAUUGCUGAAAGCCCGUCGGCGAUCGGCCAGCAAAUGGAUUCACCGAGACGACCCCGGAGAAUGGACCCUGGACGUGUCAUCGGUGGCUCAGCCCUGAACCAGACUUGGAGCAGCGAGGACAACCCUGAAACCCUGGGCAGUGCGGUGGCGGACCAGCCCAAGAGUCGCCAGCCCGUCACAUCGUGGACUGGUCAGUCCGCGGGCAAGGAUCGACAGGCUGCAGGAACAAGUGUAGCCACCCCGUUGAGCCCGGUCGCGCUAAGAAUAGAACGGCCGCGACGUUUCCCCACGAUGCGAGCCACUCUGAUGUCAUGUUGGCCACUCAGGGCUCUGCGUUGGCCUGCUGCGGCCGGCGCGUUCCACGGAUUGAAGCUGCCUGGGAUGACGGUUCGACCCGAUCGAAUGGCGAGGACCCUGAGCGAAGGCGAGAGAGAAAGCGACCGAAAAAGAAAAGCGAACAAGCACUGCGGGGCCAGGAUGAAAGACGGCAAGAGUAAGACAUGUCUCAUUUCCCGACGAUGAUCGACACGGCAGAGAUCCACGUCUUUCCCGUGCACCGCGAAGCCCUAUAAAACCCUUCAGGGUCUCGCGCUUCUUCUGCUCC